CUGUUGCUAUGGAUACUCGGAGGUUAUGCGCUGAGGAGUUUAUCAAUGGCCUCACAAACGCAAAUAGAAAUCGUUGGCGUAGUUAAAGACCCACAUUUUCAUGCUGCCAGAAGUAUAGCCGAGGAACUCAAACAACUGUUUCCUGAUGAUUUUUUGGAUCCAGAAAUUGUGCCCCUUCUUGAAUUCGACUGGCAUGAAUACCUGUGCAACAAGAAACGGGAGCUGCGUGGUGAUGUGUGGGAGUAUCCCAGCAAUGUGAUAUGCUUCCUUAAUGGCGUUUUCCUCGGUAAUGAAAAGCAGCUCGCCAGCUGGGCAGAGAAUCAGUGGAAUUUCACCGCCACUCAUCCAGAGGAUUUCUAUACGGCUAUCACUGAGGAGAGCUACGCCAAACACCUUCAGAACACUGGACAUAAGUUUGUCUUCAUGGAUAUUGUUAUAGCAGGAGAAGAUCCUGAGAGGAUAAGUUUUGAGCUGUUCUCCGAUGUGUGUCCAAAGGCAUCAGAGAACUUUGAGGCUCUAUGCACAGGAGAACAGGGAACAUCAGAGAGUGGCCUCCCACUCCACUACAAGGGCUCUCUGUUUCAUCGCAUUGUGCCCAAUGGCUGGGUGCAAGGUGGAGAUAUUUCUCCUCAAAGUAAAGGUGAUGGGGGCGAGUCAAUCUAUGGACCAACUUUUGAAGACGAAAGUUUUGCUAUUUCCCACUCAAAACGGGGCAUUUUGGGAAUGGCCAACAAGGGUCCCCACACCAACGGAUCCCAGUUCUACAUCACCUUGCAGCCAACGCCCUGGAUGGACAAAACCUAUGUUGCCUUUGGUCAAGUGAUUGAAGGUGUAGAAGUCCUGAAGAAAUUAGAAGAGUCCAAGACUUUCAAUGAAAGACCCAAAUAUGAAUGCAGAGUGUCAGCUUGUGGAGUGCUACCAAUAUAGUGCCCAUUAAUUACUCACUUUAUUUAGUAUUUUAUCACUUUUUGAUGCAGUAAAUUGAAGAACAAACUCACUUCUGUGUUUAUCCACACUUUCCUGCUCAGAGAAAAAAAAAGCUUAAAUGUAAUUCUAUUAUUUUACUUUAUUUGACUUGUGAAAAUCAGAGUCCUGUAGAAACCCUGUAGUUUGUAUGCAAGAGUAGGACACAGCUUGAGUAACAAAAUUGGGUGUAUUGGCGAGAUUUUUUGUUGCUGGAGGUGGUGGUAUUGUUUUUAUCACGCUUUUCUAACAUGUCGGAGACAAAUUGUUCUUAUCUUAGCAUUUUGGAAUAUUUGUGGUGUUCUCCCUGAUAAAAGAACAAUUUUGUCAGCACGUAUUUCAACAGUGUUGCAAGUUUAAUUUUGGUUAUUUUUUACUUCAUUACGCUAAAUGGAUAGAUGAAUGUGGAUCCUCAUUUCACAUUGAAAAUAGAGAAGAUGUGACUCUACUUCUGCUAAGAAAAGUUAUUUCUGUAAAUGAUUCCAGGUGGUCUAAGAGAUAAAAACUAUUAAAAGAAUCUUUGGGUGGAAAAUUGAAGAAACGCAAUGCAGUCCAGGGUUAAAAUCAAAGCGUUGAAAUAUUCAAAUUUCCCCUUUAUAUUUAUUAUAAAAACACUAUAUUUAUUCAAGAAUAAUCUAAGCCAGAUCUCCCCAGUGUGCUGCAGGUCUUGUACAGACCCCAAUCUGAUGUACUUUGGGUGUCAGCAAUUAAAUAAAUACUGAUAUAAAAAGGGAAAAAAUACAUAUAAAUUUGAUAUGAAGUUCCAGCUCAUGUUUGUACAAAAGUAAAGUAGACCUGUGGUAUUGCACUGUUUUUCUAUAUGACUCGAUUUAAGGUUAGAAGGGAAAAAGAAAGAGGAAUAAAUUUUUUUUAAAAGAA